CCGUUCCAUUCCAAAGAUGAGUUGCUGCCACUCUCAUAUUAUUUGAGUGAACAAACAAAAUUAUUCAAAUUCUACUCUUCUCUAAUUCUAGGUUUUCCUUUUGGAUCUGUACCUCCACACCGUUCCUGAUGCCUUGUUGAAUUGGAUUUUAAUCAAACACAACUACAAUCGGCCGAAAUUGAAGAAAAAUUAAGUGGGCUCAUGGGGGAAUCUUCUGCGUGCCUCAAGCGCUCAUUUUCUCAUCCUUCUCCAUCGUCCAGUGAUGAGAAAAAGGGGAAUCCUUUACAGCGAGCCCUUACUACAUCUGUAUCUUUUGGGAGGUUCGUGUCCGAAUCCUUGGAUUGGGAAAAGUGGUCAGCUUUUACUCACAAUCGGUACAUGGAAGAAAUCGAGAAGUAUUCCAAGCCUGGUUCGGUUGCCGAGAAGAAAGCUUAUUUUGAAGCGCAUUUCAAGAGAAGGCGAGCAGCAGCAAUGCUUGAACAGCAAAAUGCGUCAGAUAAUGAUAUUUCUGAAAUAAAUACAGGCGUGAAGGAUAAAGAUAAUUUCCCCUCAGGCAUUGAGAAUGCAAAACACAAAGACGAACCCAAUAACGGCCCAGUUUUUUCUGUCGGUCAAAACGGGACUUCAGAAGAGGCCCAGCCUGAAGGAGGAAAUGAGAAUGUUACCCAACCACCUUUUCCUGCCAAAAUACAUGUGGAGAUAACAAAGCAUCUCGAAAAUGCUGAAUGCAAUGGUGAUACUGUAUCCGAGGAAGAUAAUGAUGUGUGUGAAAAGGAUGAUGACUCUAGUAAGAGAACCUCGGCAGUGUUGAGCAUGGAGAAAUCAGAAGUUUUUCCCUCUAACCUAUCGACAAACAAUGGUGGUAUUUCCGUUAAACAGAUGAUGCCUUUGCAUACCAGGACUAGUGUCAAGACCCUAUACAACAAGAAGGCAAUGGAGCCAAACAACAAAGGUAAAUCAUCCCUUCACAUGUCUGUCAACUUUGUCUCAUGUUCCCAGAAAGCAACAUCUCCAGCUCCUCCAAAGCUUGCUGCAAAUCCAAGACUUGUAAAGGCCCCAGCCAAGAAAUACAAAAACAGCACAGAUGUCCCUGAAGCUUCGACUAGGACAUCCGUCAGUGGUAUAUUCAAGCAUCUUUCAGCAGCACCUCCAGUAGAAAACAGAAGGACUGUAACAGAUCAGGAAUCUCCAAGUCUUCAAACAUGUCUGAAGGGAAAGCACGAUUGCCAACUGCGUCUUCUCCUUUCACGUUUAAGAGUGAAGAAAGAGCAGCAAAACGAAGAGAGGCAAAAGCUUGAAGAGAAGCUGACAUUAAAGGAGACAGGGAAACACAAACAGGCAAAAUCCCAGGUUAAAGCAAUAAGUAAGUUUAAGGAUCUUCAGAGCUCAAUUGCGUCAAAAGCAAUAGAAAAUGCUGAACCUCCAAGAACAAAACUACCACCAAGUUAUUUAAAGAAAAAGGUCCCAACCGAUAAACCUUGUUUCCCUAAAGUUGAAGAUUGGGCUUCUUCCAAAAUGGAGGGUAUUGAUUCAAGGCCUCCUUGGAGGGUUUCAGUAAAGACACAAGGGCUGAACGAUGGAAUGAAACAUGGUCGGGCAGGAAAAUAUAUUCUGAAAAAUACUAAAGAAAAUGCUUCUCCAAAUAUUCCGCUUGUUUGAACCAUUUCAGCACUUCGCAUUUAUAAAGAUACGGGGAAAAAAUAGACAAGGUAAUCUCUCGAAAUUGAGUGUAAACAAUCAAACCUAUGGUUGUGUAAUGACUAGUUAUUGCUAGGUGGUACAAUUU